CUGCCACACACAGCUCAGCCUGGACGGCACAGCCAGAUGCGAGAUGCUUCUCUGCUGAUCCGAGUCUGCCUGCAGCAUGGACCCGGGUCUUCCCUGAAGCAUGUCCAGGGCUGGAGAGACGACUGCCAUGCACCGAGGGCUCAUCCAUCCGCAGAGCAGGGCAGUGGGAGAAGACGCCAUGACCCCCAUCCUCAUGGUCCUGAUCUGUCUCGGGCUGAGUCUGGGCCCCAGGACCCACGUGCAGGCAGGGCCCCUCCCCAAGUCCACCCUCUGGGCUGAGCCAGACUCUGUGAUCACCCAGGGGAGUCCCGUGACCCUCAGGUGUCAGGGGAGCCUUGAAGCCCAGGAGUACCGUCUAUAUAGGGAGAAAAAAUCAGCAUCCUGGAUUACACGGAUACGACUAGAGCUUGUGAAGAAGGGCCAGUUCCCCAUCCCAUCCAUCUCCUGGGAACACACAGGGCGGUAUCGCUGUCAGUAUUACAGCCGAACUCGGUGGUCAGAGCCCAGUGACCCCCUGGAGCUGGUGAUGACAGGAGCCUACAGCAAACCCACCCUCUCAGCUCUGCCCAGCCCUGUGGUGACCUCAGGAGGGAAUGUGAUCCUCCAGUGUGACUCACAGGUGCCAUUUGACGGCUUCAUUCUGUGUAAGGAAGGAGAAGAUGAACACCCACAAUGCCUGAACUCCCAGCCCCAUGCCCGUGGGUCGUCCCGCGCCAUCUUCUCCAUGGGCCCCGUGAGCCCAAGUCGCAGGUGGUUGUACAGGUGCUAUGGUUAUGACUCGCGCACUCCCUAUGUGUGGUCUUCACCCAGUGAUCUCCUGGAGCUCCUGGUUCCAGGUGUUUCUAAGAAGCCAUCACUCUCAGUGCAGCCGGGCCCUGUUGUGGCUCCUGGGGAGAGCCUGACCCUCCAGAGUGGCUCUGAUGUCGGCUACGACAGAUUCGUUCUGUAUAAGGUGGGAGAACGUGACUUCCUCCAGCGCCCUGGCCGGCAGCCCCAGGCUGGGCUCUCUCAGGCCAACUUCACCCUGGGCCCUGUGAGCCGCUCCCACGGGGGCCAGUACAGAUGCUACGGUGCACGCAACGUCUCCUCCGAGUGGUCAGCCCCCAGUGACCCCCUGGACAUCCUGAUCUCAGGACAGACCCCUGGCAGACCCUUCCUCUCCGGGCAGCCGGGCCCCACGGUGGCCUCAGGAGAGAACAUGACCCUGCUGUGUUAGUCAUGGGGGCAGUUUGACACUUUCCUUCUGAUCAAGGAGGGGGCAGCCCAUCCCCCGCUGCGUCUGAGAUCAGAGCACCAAGCUCAGCAGAACCAGGCUGAAUUCCCCUUGGGUCCUGUGACCUCAGCCCACGCGGGGACCUACAGGUGCUAUGGCUCACUCAGCUCCAAACCCUACCUGCUGUCUCAACCCAGUGACCCCCUGCGUCUCAUGGUCUCAGCCUUACACCCCCAGGAUCACACAGUGGAGAAUCUCAUCCGCAUUAGCGUGGCUGGCUUGGUCCUGGUGGUCCUCGGGAUCCUGAGCCAGAGAAGCCUCCAAGAUGCAGCCGGGAGGUGAACAGCAGAGAAGACAAUGCACCCUUCAGCAUGGUGGAGCCCCAGGGACAGAUCUGAUGAUCCCAGGAGGCUCUGGAAGACAAUCUAGGACCUACAUUAUCUGGACUGUCUGCUGGUCAUUUCUAGCAAUAGGAAUCAAUAUUUGAGUGCAGGGAAACUGGGGUGAUUCCUAGAAGAUCAUUAAACUGUGGUACAUUUUUUAAUCUAUGAAUGUUGACUUUCCUUGACUGGAUCCCCUUUUUUUCCCAUCCCCAGACAUGAGGCUCCAUCCCACAUGGCAGUGUUGGGUCCACACCUCCGCACACCUGUGUGCUCUGGUCCAUGGCAUGUGACACAGUCUUCCUCAUUCCUCAUUGUCACACUCCUUGAUGUCCCUUACUGAGUCCCCAUCUCUUCAGUUCAGAGAUCCAAACCUGAACCACCAACUAAAUCAAUGACAGGAGAUCAGAUUCCAACCAGGUAAAGAGAAAUCCACCCUGCUGCCCUGACACCCUCUCUGUACCCUAUGAGCCCUUC